AUGGCGAGCUCAUCUGUUCCUGAGCUGUUAAAGCCAUUUGUUACUACAAAGUUCUUUCAUAAAACAUGGGCGGGUACUUUUUAUUGUCAUCCACAAGCGAUUUUCCAGCCCAGAAAUGUUGACGAGAUCAAAGAGCUUAUCAAACAAGCUCACAAGCAUCAAAAAACAAUCAUGACUGUUGGUUCGGGCCAUUCGCCAAGUGAUUUGACAAUGACCAAAGAAUGGCUAUGUAAUUUGGACAAAUUCAACCAUGUCUUAAAAGAAGAAGAGUUUUUAGGUCCAAUAAGUCCCGAUUCAAAGGAACAAGAGGUCAAGUUUGUUGAUCUCACUGUGGAAGCAGGUUGCAGAGUGUAUGAAUUGAACGAAUACUUAAAAAAGCACAAUUUGGCAAUCCAGAAUUUGGGUUCAAUUAGUGACCAAUCCAUCGCGGGUUUAAUCUCAACAGGAACUCAUGGGUCGACUCAAUAUCAUGGGUUGGUAUCUCAACAAGUUGUCUCCAUCACAUUUCUCAACUCCCAAGGCGAAUCCAUUACAUGUUCCUCGAUUGAGAAACCACACUACUUCAAGGCCAUAUUAUUGUCGUUGGGUAAAAUUGGUAUCAUCACCCACGUUACUUUAAGAACGUGUCCCAAAUACACAAUCAAGUCGAGACAAGAGAUUAUCAACUUUGACACCUUGUUGCAACAUUGGGACACUAUAUGGUUGGAUUCCGAAUUUAUCAGAAUAUGGUGGUUUCCAUACACCAAAAAAUGUGUGCUUUGGAGAGCUAAUAAAUCCAAUGACCCAAUCUCACCACCGAGAGCUUCCUGGUACGGUACCCGAUUUGGUCGUUUCUUUUACGAAUCAUUGUUAUGGCUCUCGGUUCAUAUAUUGCCCAGCUUGACCCCGCACGUUGAAAAGUUUGUAUUUGAACAACAAUACGGUAAGGUUGAAACCCUUGGUGCAGGUGACAUAGCGGUUCAAAACUCCGUCGAAGGCUUGAAUAUGGACUGCUUGUUUUCACAAUUUGUCAAUGAAUGGUCAGCUCCACUCACUAAUGGUAUCGAGGUCUUGACCCAAUUGCAAAGUAUUAUUCAACAAGCUGCUAAAAAUAAUGAAUUUUAUGUCCAUGCGCCAGUUGAAGUGCGUUGUUCAAAUGUUACGCAAUCAAAUAAACCAUUCACCGAUUCCGAGGGUAAAGAAUCGUUAUACCCAUCUCAAGAAUGGUUAUCGCACAGAUCAAAGACCAGCGCAGGACCUAUUCCAGGAAAUAACUUCCGUCCUUAUAUGGACAAUUCACCAAGGUUGAAAUACGAAGGUGAUGGUGUUAAACCUACGAAUGAGCAAUUGACAUUAUUCAUAAAUGCUACAAUGUAUAGACCAUUUGGCACUAAUGUCGAAACUUACAAAUGGUACCAAAAGUUUGAAGACGUGAUGACGCAGGCUGAUGGUAAACCACAUUGGGCUAAAAACUUUAUUGGUGUCAAAGGUGCUGACUUGAAGGAGAAUCCCGAGCUCAAUGGACAGAACUUACAGACGCAAUUGGAGUUUGGCGGCAAAAAGUUUUAUACAAUGAUUGGAUUUAAAACAAAAAUGCAAAACUGGUUCGGACAAGAUUUGAUAGAUUUCAACAAGGUGAGAAGAGAGACCGACCCAGAGGGAGUAUUUCUCUCUGGUAAGAGCUGGGCAGAUAGGAACGGUAUAUUAUUAGAUUAG